GCGCGAUGGCGGCGCCGGGGGGGAGGAGGGCGGACUUCUCCUCCGCGGCCGCGUCGCCGGGCCCGGGGCCCUCGCCGGCGUCGGGAGGGAGGAGGCUGCUGCGCACGCAGACCGUCGGCAACAUGGGGGAGUCCAUCUUCGACAGCGAGGUCGUCCCCUCCUCGCUCGUCGAGAUCGCGCCCAUCCUCCGCGUCGCCAACGAGGUCGAGGCCGGCAACCCGCGCGUCGCCUACCUAUGUCGCUUCUACGCCUUCGAGAAGGCCCAUCGGCUCGACCCGACCUCCAGCGGCCGUGGAGUGCGCCAGUUCAAGACCGCGCUGCUGCAAAGGCUCGAGAGGGAGAACGACCCGACGCUCAAGGGGAGGGUGCACCAGAGCGACGCGCGCGAGAUGCAGCGCUUCUACCGCGAGUACUACAAGAAGUACAUCCAGGCGCUCCAGAACGCCGCCGACAAGGCCGACCGUGCUCUGCUCACCAAAGCGUACCAGACCGCCGCCGUCCUGUUCGAGGUCUUGAAGGCCGUUAACGUGUCGCAGUCCGUUGAAGUCGAUCAGGCGAUUCUCGACACGCACAACAAAAUCGAGGAGAAGAAAAAGCUCUAUGUGCCUUACAAUAUCCUGCCUCUCGACCCCGAAAGUACCGAUCAAGCUAUAAUGCAAAACCCAGAGAUUCAAGCUGCUGUCUAUGCUCUUCGGAAUAUAAGAGGCCUGCCAUGGCCCAAGGACAAGGAGCAGGAAAAGAAGCCCGAGGAGAAGAAGACCGAUAGAGAUCUCCUUGACUGGCUUCAGGCCAUGUUUGGGUUUCAGAAAGAUAAUGUAUCCAACCAAAGGGAACAUCUCAUCCUGUUACUUGCAAAUGUGCACAUAAGGCAGAUACCAAAGCCUGAACAGCAAUCGAAGUUGGAUGACAGGGCUCUGGAUACUGUAAUGAAGAAGCUAUUUAAGAGUUAUAAGAUGUGGUGCAAGUACCUUGGUCGUAAGAGCAGUUUAUGGUUGCCAACUAUCCAACAGGAAGUUCAGCAACGCAAGCUUCUCUAUAUGGGUCUCUACCUAUUGAUUUGGGGCGAGGCGGCUAACUUGAGAUUCAUGCCAGAGUGUCUUUGCUACAUAUACCAUCAUAUGGCUUUUGAACUCUAUGGUAUGUUGGCUGGAAACGUGAGCCCAAUGACUGGUGAAAAUGUUAAACCAGCUUAUGGCGGUGAUGAAGAGGCAUUCUUGAUGAAAGUUGUGACUCCGAUAUACAGGGUUGUAGAGGAGGAAGCUCUCAGGAGCAAGACAAUGAGAUCAAAACACUCACACUGGAGGAACUACGAUGAUCUAAAUGAGUACUUUUGGAAAGUUGACUGCUUCCGGCUUGGAUGGCCCAUGAGAGCUGAUGCAGAUUUUUUCAAAACUCCCAAAUUUGCUUAUCCUACUCGCCUGAAUGGAGAGGAAAGAUCUGCUGGCAGUGUCCAUUGGAUGGGAAAGAUUAAUUUUGUUGAGAUACGUUCAUUUUGGCACAUAUUCCGUAGUUUUGAUAGAAUGUGGAUCUUCUUAAUAUUAUCCUUGCAGGCUAUGAUUAUUAUUGCAUGGAAUGGUGGCACACCAAGUGAUAUCUUUGAUGCUGGGGUUUUCAAACAGGUUUUGAGCAUAUUUAUAACUGCUGCUGUUUUAAAGUUGGGUCAAGCCACCCUGGACAUUAUAUUUGGCUGGAAAGCAAGAAGAAGCAUGUCGUUUGCAAGAAAGCUGCGAUAUGUCCUGAAGUUAGUAUCAGCUGCUGCAUGGGUUGUGAUUCUACCUGUGACUUAUGCAUAUACCUGGUCUAAUCCUUCGGGUCUUUCAAGAAUAAUAAAAAGUUGGCUUGGCAAUGGUCAGAAUCAGCCAUCAUUAUACAUUUUGGCUGUUGUUAUAUAUUUGGCGCCAAAUAUUCUUGCGGCUACGCUAUUUCUUUUCCCAUGGAUCAGAAGGAUGCUUGAGAGUUCAAAUGUUAAGGUCAUAACAUUCAUGAUGUGGUGGUCCCAGCCUCGAUUAUUUGUUGGCAGAGGAAUGCAUGAAGGCCCAUUCUCCCUCUUCAAGUAUACCAUGUUCUGGAUUCUCCUUUUAGCGUUGAAGUUGAUAGUGAGCUUCUAUAUUGAGAUCAAGCCUCUGGUACAACCAACAAAAGAUAUAAUGAGAGAACCGAUUCGGAAUUUCCAGUGGCAUGAGUUUUUCCCUAAUGCAAGUAACAAUAUUGGUGUUGUCAUCGCACUCUGGGCUCCAAUAAUUCUUGUCUAUUUCAUGGACACCCAAAUUUGGUACGCAGUUUUCUCGACAUUGAUUGGUGGUAUCUAUGGAGCUUGUCGUCGACUUGGUGAGAUACGGACAUUAGGCAUGUUAAGAUCUCGCUUUGAAUCUUUGCCUUGGGCCUUCAAUAAAUUGUUGAUACCUUCCGAUGCACACAAGAGGAAAGGUUUCCGGGCUGCUUUUUCCACUAAACUUGCUAAACCUUCUGGUGAUGAACAAGAGAGGGAGAAAAUAGCGGCAAGAUUUGCUCAAAUGUGGAACCUAAUUAUCACAAGUUUCCGCGAAGAAGAUCUCAUAGAUAACAGGGAGAUGGACUUGCUACUUGUUCCAUACUGCAAAGAUCGUGAAUUGGAUAUAUUCCAAUGGCCACCUUUUCUGCUUGCUAGCAAGAUUCCGAUAGCAUUGGAUAUGGCCGCAGACAGUGGAGGAAAAGAUCGCGAUCUGAACAAGAGAAUGAAAUCAGACCCGUAUUUUUCCUAUGCUAUCAGAGAAUGCUAUGCUUCAUUCAAAAACAUCAUCAACUCCUUAGUGUUUGGUCGGCGUGAGAAAGUUGUUAUGCAAGAGAUUUUUGAAGUUGUUGAUAGACAUAUAGCCGAAGGAAGUCUGAUAAGUGAUCUGAACAUGAGGAGUCUUCCAGCCCUGAGCAAGAAGCUAAUUGAGCUACUUGAGUUACUGCAAAAGAAUAAGGAAGAAGACUUGGGUCAAGUUGUUAUUUUGUUCCAAGAUAUGCUUGAGGUGGUCACAAGGGAUAUAAUGGAGGAACAAGAGCUCAGCAGUGAAAAUCUGGAUUCCAUACACGGCGGAAAUGCUAAGAAACACGAAGGAAUGACACCGCUUGAUCAGCAAGAUCAAUUGUUUACUAAAGCUAUUAAGUUCCCUGUGGAGGCAUCAAAUGCAUGGACUGAAAAGAUAAAGAGGCUUCAUCUUCUGCUCACCGUGAAAGAGUCUGCUAUGGAUGUCCCUACAAACCUCGAUGCUAGAAGGAGAAUAUCUUUCUUUGCAAAUUCUCUUUUUAUGGAUAUGCCAAAUGCUCCAAAAGUGCGGAACAUGUUGCCCUUCUCGGUCUUGACUCCUUAUUACAAGGAAGAUGUUCUGUUUUCAUCACAUAAUCUAGAAGAGGCAAAUGAGGAUGGAAUUACCAUACUUUUCUACUUGCAAAAAAUUUACCCAGAUGAGUGGAAAAAUUUCCUUGAAAGGGUGGGCAGCAAAACUGAGGAGGAGGUCCGUGAUGAUGAUACAUUAGAAGAUGAGCUUCGUCUUUGGGCAUCAUAUAGGGGACAAACAUUGACAAGAACUGUAAGAGGGAUGAUGUAUUACCGAAAAGCUUUGGAGCUCCAGGCUUUUCUUGAUAAUGCCAAAGAUGAUGAUCUUAUGAAAGGCUACAGAGCGACUGAACUGAUGCCUGAGGACUCUCCAUUGAUGACGGAAUGCAAAGCGAUAGCUGACAUGAAGUUUACAUAUGUUGUCUCAUGCCAGCAGUAUGGAAUCCAGAAACGUUCUGGUGAUCCUUGUGCACAUGAUAUUCUCAGACUAAUGACAACAUAUCCAUCUUUUCGUGUUGCCUAUAUUGAUGAAGUUGAAGCACCUAGCCAAGAUAGAAACAAGAAGAUCGACAAAGUUUACUACUCAGUUUUGGUGAAGGCUGCUGUUACAAAAUCAGAUGAUCCUGGACAGAGUCUUGACCAGGUCAUCUACAAGAUCAAGCUUCCAGGCAAUGCUAUUCUAGGCGAGGGAAAGCCAGAAAAUCAGAACCACGCAAUAAUUUUCACUCGAGGCGAAUGUCUCCAAACUAUAGAUAUGAAUCAGGAGCAUUACAUGGAGGAGGCUCUGAAAAUGAGAAAUUUAUUGGAAGAGUUUCUGGAGAAACAUGAUGGUGUGAGAUAUCCAUCGAUACUUGGAGUAAGGGAGCAUAUAUUUACUGGCAGUGUUUCAUCGCUCGCGUGGUUCAUGUCGAAUCAGGAGACGAGUUUUGUGACCAUUGGACAGCGUGUGCUUGCCAAUCCAUUGAGGGUUCGGUUCCACUAUGGCCAUCCUGAUAUAUUUGAUCGUCUUUUCCACCUUACAAGGGGUGGUAUAAGUAAAGCAUCUAAGAUUAUAAAUCUUAGUGAGGACAUAUUUGCAGGAUUUAAUUCUACAUUACGUGAAGGCAAUGUCACUCAUCAUGAAUACAUGCAAGUUGGCAAGGGAAGGGAUGUGGGUCUUAAUCAGAUUUCACUAUUUGAGGCAAAGAUAGCAAAUGGUAAUGGCGAGCAAACACUCAGCCGUGACAUUUACCGACUAGGGCACCGUUUUGAUUUCUUCAGAAUGUUGUCGUGUUACUAUACGACAAUUGGGUUCUAUUUCAGCACAAUGAUUACAGUUUGGACUGUGUAUGUUUUCCUUUAUGGGCGUUUGUAUCUUGUCCUCAGUGGACUUGAUGAAGCGCUUGCUACUGGAAAGAGGUUCGUGCAUAAUACACCGCUCCAGGUCGCGCUUGCAUCAGAAUCUUUUGUUCAACUUGGAUUUUUGAUGGCUUUGCCCAUGAUGAUGGAGAUCGGUUUGGAAAGAGGAUUCAGAACAGCAUUAAGUGAUUUUGUGCUUAUGCAACUCCAGUUGGCAUCUGUUUUCUUCACAUUUUCACUUGGAACCAAAACUCACUAUUAUGGAAGGACGCUACUCCAUGGAGGAGCUGAAUACAGAGCGACUGGACGUGGAUUUGUGGUGUUCCAUGCCAAAUUUGCCGAGAACUACCGACUGUAUUCUCGCAGCCAUUUCGUGAAGGGUAUUGAGCUGAUGAUUCUGCUUGUCGUGUAUGAAAUCUUCGGACAGACGUACAGAGGAGCUAUCACUUACAUCUUCAUCACUGUUUCCAUGUGGUUUAUGGUGGGCACCUGGCUCUUUGCUCCCUUCCUGUUCAAUCCUUCUGGAUUUGAGUGGCAGAAGAUUGUGGACGACUGGACUGAUUGGAACAAGUGGAUCAGUAACCGUGGAGGUAUUGGUGUGGCGCCAGAGAAAAGCUGGGAAUCGUGGUGGGACAAAGAGCAGGGACCUCUUCGGCACUCUGGGAAGCGUGGCACCAUUCUUGAAAUACUUCUAGCAUUGCGUUUCUUCAUCUACCAGUACGGGCUUGUGUAUCAUUUGAAUAUAACCAAGCAGUAUAACCAAAGCGUGCUGGUUUACGGCUUCUCAUGGGUUGUGAUUCUGGUCAUGCUGCUUGUUAUGAAGACCGUGUCAGUCGGCAGGAGGAGGUUCAGCGCGGAGUUCCAGCUCGUCUUCCGGCUGAUCAAGGGGCUUAUAUUCAUAACAUUCAUCUCCAUCCUUAUAAUCUUAACAGCAAUCGCUCACAUGACAGUCCUCGACAUCUUUGUCUGCAUCCUCGCUUUCAUGCCGACUGGAUGGGGCCUGCUUCUGAUUGCCCAAGCGAUCAAGCCCGUCGUCGAGACGGUCGGGCUGUGGGGGUCGGUGAAGGCCCUCGCCCGGGGCUACGAGAUCCUCAUGGGGCUCCUGCUGUUCACGCCCAUCGCGUUCCUCGCGUGGUUCCCCUUCGUGUCCGAGUUCCAGACCAGGAUGCUCUUCAACCAGGCUUUCAGCAGAGGCCUGCAGAUCUCCCGUAUCCUCGGCGGCCACAAGAAGGACCGAGCCACCCGGAACAAGGAGUAGGUAGAAGAUCCAGGGCUAGCUCCUGCGGACUUUGUCCAUUCAUCCUAGUGUUAUCGGUGUCACUCGCCCCCGACUUUUCUAGAUUCUGCUGCCACGGUUGUUCCCCAAUGCGAUUCGAGUCUGACUGUUCAUCCAUAGAUCGGAUGGCUGUGCCUUAGGCUACUUAUUAGUAGUGUUCUCCCGUGUAGGUGUAGGUGUAGAUUCAGAACUGUUGCAACUGCGCUUUAUGUACAGAUCUGCUGCUCCUUAGCGUGGCUGCUGGACCUUAUGUAGACCUGUAGCGAUGUGGGGAAGGAUUCUCUGAUGCAACAUAUGCAGGAAGUACAAUUUCUUGAUUAGGUUUGGCGAAGAAUUUCUUCGAGCCGUCCGUCUGGUUCGAUCAAUCAUGUCGAGUCUUGUCUCCUGUGAUUCGUUGGGUCGAUUAAAUUUGAGCUCUAUGCUUGGCUCAGAUCAGAGAUCGUUAUGUUUCUGCA